AUACUCUAGCUUUAGGAUGUCAAAAGCAAAAGUUGUAGUACUGUUCGGCUUCAUGGCCCUUUCUUUGUCUCUUUUUCCUGAUGUUUGUAUGGCUCAUUGCGUCCCUUCUUCCUGUGGAAACCUUACUAUAAGUCCUCCUUUUUGGUUACAGAGUGAUCGUAUCAAGUGUCCUGAGUCAAAGUAUGAACUAGUUUGCGAGACCAACCGCGCCACUUUGCACACCAGGAUAUCCGGAAAAUUCUUUGUGGAGGAAAUCUCUUAUGAGAAUAAGACAGUUCGACUGCUAGAUGCCAGUCUCCAUAGGAAUAAAUGUUCCUUUCCCUUCUCUCUUCUUCUUUCAUAUCCCUCACUCUAUGUGGAUGCCUCUAAUUGCACCAAUAGCUCUUCCUCUCCACACACCUACUUUUUUCUUUUCAAUGAUACCCAAACACAGGUUUCGGAUUUCAAUGAAUCAUGCAGAAUUGAAGCCCAGUUUCCAGUCAUGCUAUCUAAUAUCUCAGGCCUCUCUGCUUCUGAUAUUUAUCUUCAAAUGCUUAUGGGCUUUGAACUGCCAUGGCGUUGGAUCGACCUCAAUAACCAGCGCUGCGAUUUGCAGGCGAAGAUAGCUGUGCUGUACACUGUGGCAAAUGCACUCAUCGAUGUUCAAGAUUUAAUUCGAGGUGACAGUUACGAUUUUUACCAUUACUACUAUAAAGAUUCCGAAGGCAUAUUUCUUGAAGUAAUAGGUGGACUUAUUCUGGCAAGAACUUUGCUGGGGCUAUCCAUCUUGAUUGCAGUUAUUGUGUACAAGUUUCGCAGGAGACAUUUGUCUGUAGAUGAUACAAUUGAAGAGUUCCUUCAAAAGCAGAACAACUUCAUGCCUAUUAAGUACUCCUAUUCUGAAAUAAAGAAAAUGACUAGAGGUUUCAAAGAUAAAUUAGGUGAAGGAGGUUAUGGUUCGGUUUUUAAAGGAAAGCUUCGAAGUGGUAAUUUAAUGGCAGUAAAAUUAUUGGGCAAAUCAAAAGCUAAUGGCCAAGAUUUCAUCAAUGAAGUUGCUACCAUUGGAAGGGUUCAUCAUGUUAAUGUUGUGCAAUUGAUUGGAUUUUGCAUGGAGGGAUCUAAACAAGCUCUUGUAUAUGAUUUCAUGCCAAAUGGAUCCUUGGAUAAAAUCAUAUUUUCUGGUGAAAACAACACAUCUUUAACCUAUCAAAGAAUGCUUGAAAUUGCUCUUGGAGUGGCUAGGGGGAUUGAAUACUUACAUCGAGGAUGUGAAAUGCAGAUUCUACAUUUUGAUAUCAAGCCACACAACAUCCUUUUGGAUGAGAAUUUUAAUCCAAAAGUUUCAGAUUUUGGCCUUGCAAAAUUGUAUCCAAUAGAUGACAGCAUUGUAUCUCUUACUGCAGCAAGAGGUACUCUAGGAUAUAUGGCUCCAGAAUUAUUCUACAAGAAUAUUGGAGGUGUCUCAUACAAAGCUGAUGUCUAUAGCUUUGGAAUGUUGUUGAUGGAAAUGGUGGGAAGGAGAAGGAACUUAAAUGCAUCUGCUGAUCAUACAAGUCAAAUAUACUUCCCAAAAUGGAUUUCUAAACGUUUUGAUCAAGGAGAAGAUAUAGAGUUGGGAGAUGUUACUGAUGUUGAAAAGAAUGUGCUGAUGAAGAUGGCCAUAGUUGCAUUGUGGUGCAUACAAAUGAAACCUGCCAUUCGUCCUUCCAUGACCAAAGUCUUGAAAAUGCUUGAAAGUGAAAUUGAGCUCCUUGAAAUGCCUCCUAAGCCUACUUUUGUUCCUUCCGAAUCACCGGCUCCAAAUCAUGGCGAUAUAAGUCUAGCAACUGCGCUAACCAUGUCGCUUGAUGCUAGAUCAUAAUGCUCUACUCCAAAUGCAUUUCUAGGUGAAUACGCAUUCACAGCUGGUAGCAUUGAAUAUUGUGUCAUAAUCCUAUAUUGUUGCUUUGAUAGAUUACCUACUCAAUUUUCUUCCUAUAAAAUAUAUCAAAUUCC